AGUACCAGUUUUCUUUUAAUCUAGUCGUGUUUUUGAGAGGUAGCAUUCACAAGAAGUAGCAUUUUCGAUCGUUCUAGAUGUAGGAGCUGUUUUCAAAAAUGACUUGGUACGAAAAAUUGUUUGACAAGUUUAGUCUUAUUGACCGUAAUGGACAAAAACGAUCAAUCGGUGAUCUUAUAUCAGGAUUGGAUGAAAAUAAACGUUUUUUUGGUCUAUAUUUUUCGGCUUUCUGGUGUCCCCCUUGUUGUAAAUUUACACCGAAAUUAGUGGAGUUUUAUGAAACAAUAAGAGAAAAAGGCAAGAAUCAAUUUGAAAUAAUUUUUAUAAGUUCUGACAAAGAUAGAGCCGACUUUGAUAGCUAUUUACAAAAAAUGCCAUGGUUUGCUUUGGAAUAUGAUCAUCCUCACUCCAUAGUUUAUGCGGAAAAAGUGGUUAGUAUCUUGAAAGAUUGAAUGAAUAUAUGUCAAAAAUGAAAUAAGAAACAUUAACAAUUUAGAAAGAUAUCGAGAUUUUCAUUAGAGAGAAAAGUUGUUUGAUAAAAUUAUUGAAUAUUUAUAGUUCCAAUGUUCCAUUAUAGAAAAGGAAACUAGAAUUUAUAAUGAUUUAUGAAAGCUUUAUGUAAAUUUUGGUAUAUAAAUUAGAUUGAAUGAGAUACUUGUCAUGAAAUUUCUAAUACGAUGAAAUUGGAGAGAAAACGAGGUCAAAUGGAUAAAUAUACCAUUAUGGCUUUGACAACUAUUCAUGUUUUAUUUUCAAGUAGGAAAAUUAGAAAAAGAUAAACUCAUUGAAAAAAUAGACAAAGAAAGAAAUACCCCCAAAGGAGUCUACCCUGGGGAGUCGGCAAGAUGAAAGAACUUUUCUUUUCAGAGGCGUUUUUAUGCGUCGAUUGUAGUUAGGAAUGUUGUUCAUUUUCUCUUAUCUUUUCUUGAUUUGUUGGUGUGGAAAUUGUAUCUUCAACCUACCGUAAUAUUUACUAUUGGGGAAACUCUUAUGAUGUGAUCAUUGCAUUAUUUUAUUUAUACAAAUGAUAGCAUCUAACCGAAGCGAUACGAAGAGAGCUUUCUCAUAGUAAACGAUUCACUCAGCCGACCGAAACACAAAUGCAGCGUUGCGGUCGGAUUAUUGAUUGAUGUUAGAUAGCGUUUGUAAGGUAUCGCUCGGUGGAGAUAAGGCAGAUGCAGCUAAUCUAGAAGAGUGUAAAUGUAGUGUAAAAUUUUAAGAUUCAUAGGCAUUCAAUUUCACUGAAAAGAAUAGUGCUAGGGUUCCAAAGAAUUCGAUAUACUUAAUAUAGAUGCGGGCGUUCUUUUAUGUAGAGUAAAAUAUGGUGGGAAAAUACAGCCCUUUAUCUUAUAUAAAAAAAAAGAAUAGUCUUGAACAAAGGGAAAAAAAAAACCUUUCAACUUCUUAUCUGUAUCUUUAAACACCCUUACCCUUUCAAAGGGAUUAAUUAAAUGAAUAAAUUUGAUUUAUUGCUAGUCGGUACUACGAACUUUAGGCAAUUUCGGAUAUGACUAAUCUAUAGCUUAGAUUUUUACAUUUGACAGCCUUAGAUGUUUGUAUAAAUUCCAAACCAAAUGAUUAAACAAUUCCCUCUCCGCAUAGGCGGAUAUGCAAAAGCGUUUCAAAGUAACAUCGAUUCCCUCAUUAAUCAUACUGGAUGCGAAAGAUGGUAGUUUGGUUAGAAAUGACGGACGAUAUAUGGUUUUGAAAGAUCCGGAAGGUACUAACUUUCCCUGGUUCCAAAAAAGCGUGCAGGAAAUUCUUGUUCAGGGUCCACUUAGCAAAAAUGGAUCAAUGUGCCUAGCGAGUGACGCCUUAACUAAUAAAUUAUUUGGAAUACUCUUCUCAGCUCAGUGGUGCCCUCCUUGUCGGGAGUUUACCAAAAGAUUAAAGGAGACAACCGAACAUCUUAAGAAAAAAGGAAUACAGUGGGAAAUUGUCUUCUGUAGCGCCGACCGCAAUAUUGAAUCAUUUAGAGAUCACGUUUCCACUUUACCAACUGAUUGGUACGUUAUACCUUUCGGUGACGAAAGGAAAGAUUCUUUAUGCAGAUUUUUUAAUGUUACUGGAAUACCAUCAUUUAUUCUGAUUGACGAGAAUAUGGAAGCGAUUAGGACUAAUGGACGACUUUGUGUUACUAUAGAUCCAACUGGAGAGAAUUUUCCUUGGAGACCGAGACAAGUUGAAGAUAUAAACGACAUUACAGCCCAGUCAAUAAACGAUACCGUGUCCCUAAUCAUUUUUACAGAAGGUAUAGAGAGUCACGUUAAAUCGGCUAAGGAGAAUCUGCAAAUUAUUGCGGAAGAAUUUGAAGAGAAACGAAAAAAGAGUAAAAGAGAAAAUGAAUAUAUGCCAGACAUUGUAUUUCUUUUUGAAGAGAAGCCUAGUGAAGUUGUUGAAUCAAUUAAGAGCUACGCAGAACUAGAAGAUCGGGUACCACUUAUCGUCCUGCUUGACGUUCCUUCGCAGCAAAUUUAUAUAGAUGAAAAUAGUAUCAUCAGUGUUCAUCUUCUCAGGCGAUUAAUUGACGAUUACUGCUCUGGGCGAUUGAUCAUGUCUGAAAUACCAGAUUAGAGUUUAUAUUCUCUAGUUUGUUUCACUGUCUCUUUAGUCCCUUUAUCUUUCCUCUCUUUUACCAUAUUCGUCUCUUAGGCUAACGAUACGUAAAAUGUUUUUGUUUAUUGUCUUCGUGUUAUUCCGUUUCUCUUCCUUCUUUUUCUUCUUUGUGUUCUUCUUUGUUUCUUCUUUUUAUUACGAAUUCUACUAAGGGAAAAAGGCUUAACUAAAUCAUCAGUUCCAGUUGUUUUUAUUAUAAUUUUUACGAAAUAAACGUAACACUUAAAUAAACGGAAGUAGAAUGAAUGAAAACUCAAUAACGAGAUAAAGUGAUAAUAUUCUUAUAGCAUCUUAUGGAUAUGAAGUUGGUGAACAACAAGACGUUAUUCUUUUUUUAAUGUUCAAUAGCAUUUGCAUACAACCAUCUUUAUAAGUUCCGCUGAGGUAGGCAUAGAUAAAAGGAUUGAACAGGGCUAGUGCUAAAUCUAAUGAAAUUGUAGCUUCUAAUACUAGCCUGGGUACGCAUUCACCGCAAAACACACCCAUGAGAAGAGACACGAAAAAAGGUGUUCUAAAUAUGAUAAUAGCUAAGGUAAUCAUCGUUAGAACAAUCGCAGCCCUUCUACUCUUCUCGUGUCUACUUUCCCUUAUCUCACUUGUCUUUCCAAAAGCACGGAAUCUAUUCGAGGUAACAAUAGUUGCUAAGUAAGAAAUAUUAUUAGUUUCCGGUUGUUGAUGGAUCCUUCUAAAUUUCCUCCUUAAUUUUAUAUAAAGCUUAGCAUUCCAAUAGACUAUACACGCUACGGGGAUAAAAUAUUCCAAAAGGGAACUGAAGAUAGUAUAAGUUAUAUCAUACCAUCUUAACCCAAUCUUGAAAGGAGAAAAGUAUCUGCUAUACCUUGAACAAGAUGGGAUUAUAUGAUUUUUAACAACGUACAAUUCAGCGAAAACAACAAACGGUAAUCUAAGAAGUAUAGAUGCUAACCAAGAAAUCACAAUUUGUAAUUGUAUGGCCCUUUUGUACCUUUCUGGGCAUAAGCUUCUCAAAGGUUCUUCGAUUAAUUUAUAUCUAUCGUGAGUAAGUAUAGUUGAGGUCAUAGAUAUUUCAAAACGUACAACAGAAUCUAAGCAAUUCCAAAUAAGACACGUUGCAAUGCUAAUUUCCCAUUGUGUAAUAGCCAUCCUAAAUGAUUGUAGUGGAACGGAGACAAGAGCUAUAACAAGAUCGCAUAGGGCAAGAUUCAAUAUAUAGAAAUUUCUUCCACUCUCCCAUACUUGCGUAUUUGAUGAGAAAACGACGACAAUCAAAGUAUUAGAGAAAAUCGUAAAGAAAUUGAUUAUUAGAGUUAUAGCUCCUAAAGUCAAACCAAAAGGCUCCUGUAGCCAACUUUCAGGCGAAUCUGCUGAAUCAUUCGCAACGAAUUCAAUAACAUUGCUCAAGCCCAUAUGGACGGAUAGUAAAAAUUUUCCCUCUUUUUCUCUUUCUUUCUUCUUCUUCUUCUUCUUC